UUACCGGUCGGAGCAUAAUCACAGAUUAGUUGAACAAGUCACUUUACGUUUGUUGCUCAAUACGGAAAAUUGCUAUUGUUUCGAGGUUCUCUCUAUUAGCAUUAGCAUGUUGUAAUAGUUCCCGUGUAUGCAGGUAUCCCUUCCCCAUCGUCCUGACCCGGAGCAAACAUGGUAGAGCCAACAACACACAAGUUCGCAUCCUUAGAAGAGGAGCUGGGCUUUUGGAAGGAGCAGGCACAGAGACAUCAGCAAAGGGCUGACGAAUCGCAGGAGGAGCUGCAGGAGUUUCAGCUGAUGAGUCGAGACUAUGAAGCAGAGCUGGAGACGGAGCUGAAGCAGUGUGAGGGCCGGAACAAAGAGCUGCUUCUCAACAACAACCGACUCCGCAUGGAGCUGGAGAACAUAAAGGAAAAAUUUGAUGCCACGCAUUCUGACGCAUUGAGGCACAUCUCAACCCUGGAGGAAGAUCUGGCACAAACCACAGCAGUAAAAGAUCACCUGCAGAAAUACAUCAGAGAGCUCGAGCAGUCCAAUGAUGACCUGGAGAGGACCAAAAGGGCUACCAUCAUGUCUCUGGAGGACUUUGAGCAGCGGAUGAACCAUGUCAUUGAGAGGAAUGCCUUUCUGGAAAGCGAGCUGGACGAGAAGGAGAACCUGCUUGAGUCUGUUCAGAGGCUCAAAGAUGAAUCCAGAGAUCUCCGUCAAGAGCUGGCUGUCCGUCACAAGGAAAGACGUCAGUCCAGCAGCCUCGGCAAAGACGCAGAUCGAACAGAUCUGUCGUAUCCCUCGGCUGGAAAUCCAUCCUUCCCCGUCACACCCUCCAAACCUCUCAGCUCAUUUGCCACUCCCCCUGCUUCCAGUAUCCGACGAGGUGACGGUCUAACAGGGACUCCCCUCACUACGUCUGCUAGAAUAUCUGCCCUCAACAUUGUGGGGGAGCUGCUGAGAAAAGUUGGAAAUCUAGAGUCCAAGUUGGCGUCCUGUCGAGACUUUGUGUACGACACGUCUACCAAUAGACCGGCACUUCCAGCUGGUCCUGCUAGUCCUUCAGGUGUAGAAGCAAGGCCCGAGGUCCAAACGUCCAGCAUGAGCCCCCCUCCUCAGUACGACAGUUUAGUGAAGCGGUUAGAGUUUGGACCGGCUCCUCCAAGAGGGUCCUCGCAGGGGGCCCAGUCUCCGCAGGGAGGAGUCAAGAUCCUGCUAUGAGACAAAAAGAAGAUAAGCCUCCACCCUUCAUCAGCCUCAAUAACACCCACCUUUUAAUAAACUACAGCAGUGGGACUCUGAAGUGAGCGGUCUUCCCUUGUUGCCACGUGUCUGCUGAACUAUUUGAAGAGAGCCACUGUUCUCGCUCCACGCUCCACAUAGUCAGCACAUGGACUACUGCUGCCUCAGGCUAGUAUCACACCAUAUCCCUCACAGGAAGCAGCGCCUCAGCCUGCAUUACAUCAAGGAACGCUGCUAAUCAUACUCGACCUUCAACUAUAUCUUUGACACAGCUCCGUGACAACAGAUUUGCUGUCAGUGAUGGAUCAAGCGCAUCUGGGCUUUUGGGACGUUACUGCUCCCAGAUGGAUGUCGCCUAUGCCCAUUGUUUCAUUGAACUAGGGAACCAAAUUAGAGCAAGUUAUAUUAAAAGUGAUGCAGGUAUAGGGACCAAAAACCCAGUGUCAUUCAUAAAAACGUUCAACAGAAAAAAUACUCUGUUUCAGUCCAAACCAAAGCUGUGAUUAGAAUAGGGAGAAAAGAAACAUUAAACUAGUCAGUUUUUGGUCUUUAUUAUUGAAACUAAGGGCUUGAGUAAUGUAGUUCUUUAAUCUGAAAUGUCAUGAUUUGACUUGUAACUCACAAAGGAUUGUGUGGAGGAGCAAGUAUGUUGGUUAAAACAAGGAUGAUCAUAAUUCUUUCACUGUCACAAACAUGUUUUAAUUGAGAAUGAGAGAAGGAUGAAUUAGUUACUGCCGUACGUUGAGGUUUGAGCCUUUGCUGCCUUCACUGUUUAGUCACCUCUUCAGUUUGUAGGUCUCACGCUACUGUAAUAUUUAAGUUAUUAACCUCAAUAAUAGAUGAUCUAUUCGCAAAUAGAAUAUUCACAUGCAGAAUCUGUUUACAGAGAGGAAUCUAUCCUUAAUUCUUCUAGAAGUGAGGAUGUGUCACUUUCCUUUGAGCAACGUCACACCUUGGUUUGUUUAAUUCAGUUUGGCCCAUAUAAUUUCUGUAAGCUCCUUCCUGACAUUGCACAGACUUGUUGUUUUUCUAAAUGUGAAGAUCAGGAUAAGGUUCCCUGCCUCAGAUAGCAUUCAUCAUUCUGCAGCUUUAUGAUCUCCUGUUACAAGAACGUUUUACCAAGAUUUUUUUGACUGAAGACUUUAGCGUUGUGUAUGUGCACUACUGAAUGUAUAGUAAUAAUUCUCUAGGAGGAUGACCUCCUGUCUGCCAUUGAGGGUUGUAUGUUGCAAACUGGGCAAAGAUACAAAGCAAUAAUAGAUUUUAAUAAGUGAAAGAAAAGCACAGAUCGUACUAUAUUUGUGUAGAUAUAUAGAGCCUAUAGCAGAGACUCCUUUUCCUGCCUUUUUAGUAAGAGAUGUUGUUAAUUGGAAAAUAGCGACUUAAAGUUUGAAUGUGCCGUCUUUCCCUGAAAUGUUUCUGGUUAAUCGGUAACUCUCACGACUGCCAUCCAUCAGCUCAUCAAACAUAUUUCCGUACAUAUCUAAAUAUCACGCACAUACAGAAGUCAUCACUGUAGCCAUGUGUGGGAAUAACUAUACAUAUGAGAUUGCAGUUUCUGCUCCUCUUUGCUGUUGAACCUUCCUCAAACUAACAACAGCCGACAAGGACGCUGGAAGUAAGAGGUGCUGAAGGGGCUCUACUCCCCUGCGGUUAAAGCGGGGUUACUGCAAGGCCAAAUAGUUUUUACAAAACAAAAACCAAAAAAAGUAAUUUGAUUUAAUUUCCUCAUGUAACAUGUCCACCAAUUAUUAUUUUAAUUGUGUAUUCUGGUAUUCUGCUGGGGCGUGGUCACACAUACGCACGUUUCAGCUGCCUCCCGAUCACUUCCAAUCAUUACCAGCAUGGUGGCUAAUAAAACAUUUCCUUCCUGUGGUGAGGCAAAUCGCAGCGUUCAACUUUAGUGAACUUUGACCUGCGAUAUUCACUUGGCCUGAUAUCUGCCUGAUUUCUGGUGUGGAAAAAAACCUGCUUUCUGUGUUUGAACUGUCCCAGCCUCAAUAUGGCUCAAUGCCAUUUUGAAAUGCAGAGAUUUAAUUUGAAAGUUAACAAUCUUUGUGUCAAAUUCUCAAAAAUUGGUAUAGUAUUGGCCGUUCAAAUAAAAUCCUACAUGUUGCAUUGCUGCAUUUCAGCAGUGCAACAUGAUUUCAUAGUUUUCUCUCAGCACCCCCAAAUCUUACUUCCAGCAUCUCUGUAUGCUAACUGUGAAUGUACAUCUAUCACCACUGUGUACUGGUUGUGUGUGUGCAGCACCUCUGCAACUGCUUAUGCUCUAUCUAGAUUUAAAACUGUAUGUGCCUGAGGUACUAAACCCAACUUUUAUCCCUUCGGUUGGUUUGCAGUUGUUUUUCUACUUGGCUGAACAGAUGAGAAUCUGUUGUGAGGAUUCAGUUUGAUCUCUGGAGUGAAGACAGAAACAUUAAAAGAAGAAAAAUCAAA